AUCGUACAACAUCUGGUGUAUUAAAUGUGUUGAAACAAGAGCAUAUCACGCCGGUAUCGUGUGCUCCUAGAGUUAAAGGUGAUCUUCUAAGCGGACGCGUGAUUCAUAAACUUCCGAGGUGGCGUGGGUGCAUUGUUGAGCUGCAAGGAUGGAAUUCCUGACCUCCGCCGAACGUACCUUUGCGACCGGUAGCCGGGAAACGCCGGACAUCUGGGAUCAGUAUCUGGAGAAAAACGGCUACUAUCGGAAACAUACGGCGCGAGAUGGGACGAACCUUUUUCGCGUCAUCUCGGAGCAGUCCAGUUCCGCAGGGAUCCAGCUGUACCAUGGCCGAGUGCGAAAAGAGUGCAUCGAAUACCUUCGCGAGCACCCGUCACAAUUUCCGGAGAUCCCGGAUGCAGAACGUGAACAGUAUCUGGAAAACUUGGCUAGUGACGACACGGUCGGUACGAUGACCGAGUUGAUGGCCUUAGCCCUUCUGCACAGAGCCAAUGUUCAAAUAUUCGAACCAUUCACAAACGGCCGCUGGUUUUAUCUGAGUGCCGACUGCAAAGAAACCUGGCGAAUCUUCAUGGGUCGCGAUAAGUACUUCGAUUCCGUGUUCACCCUUGACUACAUGAAAAUGCUGGCCUACAGCCAAGCACUUGUGUACGAGGUACUGUACGUGAACGUGAUGAAGCUAGCGGAUGUAGCUUAUGCUGUCGAGCGGAUGCUGUACGAUCCGUAUGAUCGUAAGAUCCGUUAUUACAAGAACGAGCGAAAGCAGGACGUCGCGGUGACGAUGGACGGUCGCCGGCUGGUGCUCAGCAGCGAGACCGAUACAAACUGCGUCCUGAACAGUUUUCGCUUCUGCCAUUUUCACAACCAUCAAAACUUCUCCAGUAUUGCUAGUUUCUUCAAAUCGUACCGUGGCAACAGUACAAACAUGGAAAGCUUUCGGAGCGAUACGACUGAGCUAAUGAUGCCAUUGCGCCUAUGCGCCGGAAGUGGCAAGUCUGAUCCGUUGCUAUAUGAGCGUAACAUUUCCUGUGUCCGCCAGCUGCUGAGUGUGGGCAUUACGCCGUUCCCGUACAAAACGGCCAAACUGCUCGAUCCUAACAUCUACCGUAAUGCCGAGUACGAUGCGUGGAUGGAGGACGUGGGAAAGGUGUUCCGAUACGCAACCAACAAAGACCACCUGUACAAGUUCGGCGCUAGGGUAACUGCCAAAAUCAAAGAUGCCUAUAAAUCCUGCCGUAUUGAGCGCAUAUCAUCGGAGCGACAAAUGAUACUGGUCCGCCUCAACGCUUCCUCCACCGAAUGGGUUCCAUGGAAUGAUGUGAAAAUCUUGAGCCACUCGAAAUCGUCAGUGUUUGGACAUCGACGUGCUGUGGAUGGUGGAUUGCCAUCUUCUUCGCUACACGGACAUGGGCUGAAAGUGAAUGCAUCCAACAGUAAAUUGCGGAAUUUGCCGCCACUCAAGAUUGGAACUCAUUCCAGUCCAACAUACAAUAACAGAGAACAAAUUCACGCCAACAACAAAGUCGACGAUGCUGCGUUGUUGCAACAAGAACCGCAAAUAAAUUUGUUUCAGGAACACAUUCAUCAACAACCAAUCCUACAAUAUGCACAACCUGCCUGGCCUAAUCCUCCGGUGGCAUCAUUUGAACCGACGAUGGUACCCAACAUGCUCACGGAACACAUGAUGCCAUUACCAGGAACACCUCCGUUCUUGGAGAACGUGCACCUCCUUCCGAACUAUUGGAUCGGUAAUUAUUCGCCUUUCCAUCAUCAUCAUCCAGCGGCGAUACAAGGACCGCCACCGGCACCAUUUCCAAUGCAUCCGCCCCUAGCCCCACCAGUAGCCACAGCGGCUGGUGCAACUCCGAUUUUGGAACAACAGCAUCAAGAGCAAAAACAGCUAGAACAACAACAUUUCGCUUGGAUGGUUAACCAAAUUGGACACUUCACCACCCCCGAGGGAGGCCAGCAGCCGCCGCACCCAUAUCAAGCUCUGAUUGCACAUAAUGCAAACGUGCCGAGCUGGUUUGGUGGAGAUCAUCAAGCGUGUACGCCUGAUCCAGUGCUAGCAACGAUGAUACCGCCAGGAUUCAACACACAACCCCAGCAGCAACCGUUGCAACCGCCGGUAACGCCGCUGCCACCGCCUAUGCAUGCCUUGGCUCCGAUGAUUCCACCGCCAACCCCAUACUGUCAGCACUAUUUUCCAUGGAUGUCCGCUGGCGCUCCUGCCGACGUAACGACGACGACGACGCCUCCGACUCCUCCAGCCACUUUAACAUGGAGCGGACCGACCGGUAUGCCUUCGAAUGGCCAAGAGAUGAUCAACUCUUCGUGUAUGAUCAAUGGCGAUGGUCAACGAGGAUCUGCUGUGUCAUAUUUCUAGAAGCAACGCGAACUCCUCUUCUCUCUGGUUCGCCAAGUUCCUUGCGUUUGAAUGGUUUUUUUUUAUCCUAAAUGACCUAGCACAGACGGUUCUGUGUUGCAGUUUCUUUGCAACAGGUCCAUCAUUAUGUCUUUGUUAGUUUAAACACAUAUUACGUUAUCUAUGUAUGACUUUUAGUGCUAGUACUUUUUGUGUAGCCCAAAGCUGCUACGAAUUUAUAUUUGAUUCCUUAUUUAUAUCAAGUAGAACAUGAUCAAAUGUUCCGAGUUUU